AUGUCCGAUAGCUCGAAGAGCCCGUACGGGCUAUCCGUCCGCAGAAACAACACCUGUCUUCACACCGAACAAGAUUGCGGCGAAACCUGGAAUACUUUCCGUGCCUGUUGCCCUGGCGGCACGAAAUGCCCAACCGGUCAAAAGAACGUGAAAUGCUGCGAAUUCGAAGCUGACUGCUCCGAAUUGGUUGACCACACACAUUGUGCAAACAGCACUGCAAAUGUCUACAAGUCCGAGGAUUGGUUUUGCUGCGCUGAUGGAGACUCGGCUUUCAGGCUAAAGAAUGGAUAUGUCGGCUGCACCGACGAUCUAUCCACCUUGAACAAAUAUGCGAGUAUCUUGAAAAUCCAGUAUCAUGGCAGUAGCUCAACGCCCACGCCAUCGUCGACAAUAUCCAGUACAACGCCCAGCAUCAUGACUACCAGUGCUACACAAUCCUCCCUUUCUCCCGCAGAAGCCACUACCUCUGCAAGUGCGCCGGAGAAUUCGUCUUCAUCAUCCAAUACCGGAGCCAUUGCUGGUGGCGUUGUUGGCGGAGUAGCUGGAUUGGCUAUCCUGGUUGGUCUACUCUGGUUCGUACUCCGUCGCCGAAACCGGGCAAAGAAGAGCAUAGGAACACCUACGGACCCAAGCCCUCUAAUGCCCAGUGCCCCCGGAUCGAGUGUUCCUGGGUCGAGUGUUCCCGUUUCGAGUGUUACUGGGUCGAGUGUUCCAGGAUCGAGCGUUCCUGGGUCGAACAUCGUUGAGUACUACAAUAAAGGCCCCGAAGGCCCACAAGAGCUUGCGGGUCGAGAGGAAAAUAAGCCCCCUCAAGAGCUUGGUGGUCGAGAUGAAAAUAUGGUUCAUGAAAUGCCAUCGCAGACGACAUAUCGGUGA